AUGAUGGCAAAAUGCUCUUUUCAAUCUAUUGACACCCUUCCGUUAAAGAGCAUCGAUGGACUUCGCCACCUUGCAGAAACGCGCCGUUUCAAGGGGCUUGGCCUUCAGGUUGUAGAGGAUAUAGAAGAAGCUGAGUUUAUUUUGGACCAUAGUACUAAAGCUUUGGGGCUCCCUUUAGGAGAGACACAUCCUACUAGUCUUGAUGAUCUUGAAAAAAUAUUGGAGCUUUGUGCAGCUAAGAAAAUUCUAAUGAUUGUAGCCAAUCUAGAUUAUGUGACUGUUGAGGCAAGGGCUCUGUACGUUGGCAUCCAAAAGCUUGGAGGUGCAGUGAGAUGGAUGGGCAAGCCUGAUAAGGUCACUGGAUCUCUUAGUCUUGAUCUAAUUAGUAAAAUUGUUCAGUUAUUUAUGUUUUUUAUGCGUAUGAUUACUAUUGCUGUGGGCGAUUCCCUUCACCAUGAUAUUAAGGGAGCCAAUGCAGUUGGAAUCCAAUCAGUAUUUACCACUGGAGGUAUCCAUGCAAAUGAACUUGGACGAAGCAGUUUUGGAGAAGUUUCAGAUUUGUCUCCUGUCCAAACUCUUUCAUCGAAAUAUGAUGCACAUCCAUCAUAUGUGUUACCAGCAUUCAUAUGGUAG